AUGAAGAUGUCCGAUGGCGAGCUGCAGCUUGAGCAGGACGCCGACUUCGCUGCUGACAAGUCGGACAGGACGUCCUUGACCAAAGGCAUCAUCCGUCUGAACGGGAAGUCGGUGAUCUGGACGGCGAAGAAGAAGGGCAGGUUACGUUUUCCACGAUGGAGGCGAAGUUUGUGGCCGCGUAUGAGCAAGCGCGCUAGCUGCUCGGCAUCAUGGAGAUGUUUGUGCGAAUCGGCAAGCCGCCUGUUAUCCCGAUGCCACUCCACGUCGACGGCUAAGCAGCGUUGA